GCUCCGGCUCCAUCUUUUUGCAAACUCGAAUCAUCACUUUUAACAAAAAGAACUUGUUUGGAUUAAUUGCGGAUGCAAAAUGUAAUUCAUAAACCCAUCAUCUCAAAAACCCUAGUCUUACACCGUGAGCUUGAUAGCGGGAUCUAUCCCGAACGGCAUCAUUCACAUGGCUCUCUGGAGAGCUCGUACCAUUUCGUCGAAUCUGUUUAACAGGGUUCUCCGUCCAAGUAUUCGCAAUUUCUCCUCUGAUGUGGUUGAUAUGCAAACUCAAUUACUGCGCGAGGAAAUGAGGAGACAGAUGCUUCAUCUUGAUAUCAAUUCACAAAUCGGUAGUUGCAUGCCACUUUCUUCCAUGCGUAUUGGCACAAUUAUCCACAAUAUCGAGGUGAACCCGGGCCAAGGUGGCAAGCUUGUGCGAUCUGCAGGAACUAGUGCUAAGAUCCUUAAGGAGCCCAAAUCUAGGUACUGUUUAGUAAGACUGCCUUCAGGUACUGAAAAGUUGAUCGACACUCGUUGUCGUGCUACAGUUGGUACAGUUUCAAACCCAAGCCAUGGAGCUCGGAAGCUUAGGAAAGCUGGGCAGAGCCGAUGGUUGGGUCGAAGGCCAGUUGUUCGAGGAGUGGCAAUGAAUCCAGUUGAUCAUCCACAUGGUGGAGGUGAGGGGAAGAGUAAAAGUGGUGGACAUUGGGGAAGAUUUUCAGUGACACCUUGGGGCAAACCUUGCAAGUGUGGAUACAAGACAGGACCACUCAAAAGAAGGAAGUAGUAAGCCAAUCCUUUUCUUAUUUAAAUGUUCUAAUUCUCAAAUACUUUUAUGUGUUUAUAACACUGGAGGUGUUGUAAUUUCCAAUUUUUUUUUUUGGAAUUGGAUUGUUGAGUUCUGUCCUAGUUAAAUAUUUGAAGAGCCUUGACUUGAUUAUGGCAAAUAAUUGAAGUAGCUUUUAUGUCGGGUUCAUUGAGUUUUUUUAUUAAAGAGACGAGCCCUAGGCCUCAGCAGAGUAGAGUGCUCGGGCGUGUGGGUGUGUAUAUGUUGGCCUAAUAUUGUCUCUAAUGGUCCAGCAUUCCUGUCUAUUGCUCGAGCUGUAUUCAAAUGAUUCUUACGAAUGAUA